AUGGAGCCAUUUGCAUUGAAGGCUUUGCUUUUAUGUUUUAUACUCAAUACUUGUCAUGUUAUUUCAAUUCCGAUUCAAGCUGACGAUUCCUCCGUUUGCCAGCAGCUACUACCGACACUGUCAAGGAAUACGGAGCUCUAUGACUGUGACGCUCUUUGCGAAGGAAACACCGCAAACGAUCGAACAACAUGGUGCUGUCGAGAUAUUUUCACGGACUACGAAUCGGAUUGGCCGGAUACAGGUGUUACGCGCGAGUACUGGUUCGAAGUUGACAAUCGCGUACUCGAGCCUGAUGGUCAUCCCAGAGCAGCCCUUGCUGUUAAUGGGAGCACUGGUAUUCCUGGGCCAACAAUAUAUGCUGACUGGGGUGAUAUGAUCGUCGUGCAUGUGUUUAACAAUCAAUCUUUCAAAGAGAAUUUCGAAAAUUCCGGCCUGGCAAUACAUUGGCACGGCAUUAAUCAAUGGGAAACAAAUGCCCAUGAUGGGGUAUCGGCAGUAACACAGUGCACUAUUCGCCCUCAGAGCAACAUGACUUAUAAAUGGCGGGCUACGCAAUAUGGAACCGCAUGGUACCACGCACAUACCAGCUUGAAGGCCUGGGAUGGGGUAUUUGGUGGUAUAGUCAUUAACGGACCAUCAAGCGCUAAUUACGAUGAAGAUAAAGGCGUUUUAUUCUUGAACGAUUGGUCUCAUCAUACCCCUGAGGAGGUUUUUCAUACCGUUCAGUUAUUUGGCCCUCAAGUCUUGGCAAAUGGACUCCUGAAUGGAACGAAUAUUUGGUCACCCACAGAGGAUUCAUACGUAUGUCUCUUGGAAAAGAAUCACUCUCCUGACAGCUGCUUCUUCAAAAGAAGUGGUAUCUCACCCAAUAGAACUCUUGGACGACGUUUUUCGAUGGAAGUAGAGAGUGGGAAAACCUAUCGCAUACGGCUUAUAAACGCUGCUAUCGAUAACAAUUUCAUAUUCACGAUUGAAGGCCACAACAUCACCGUCAUUGCAAUGGACUUGGUUCCAAUCUGUCCUUUUACUACACAUUCAGUGAAGAUUCAAAUGGGGCAGCGAUAUGAUAUCGUUUUUACGGCAAAUAGCACUGACGAUGGUCCAUUUUGGAUUAGAGCAACUCCUAAUAGUGGCUGCGGCCAUAUAUGGAACAAGGAAACCGUAUUAGGGAUUCUCUUCUACGGAGAUCGCGACGACACGACACCCGAAACUCUCGAAGACCCACCUGUGGGGGUUUGCGAAGACGAGUCCAUGGAUUUGCUAUCUCCAGUAGUCCAGAAAGAUGUUCCGCCGAUUCCACCCUACGCGCCAUUCCUCCCAAAUCCAACCAAUUGCUCAGCUGAAUCAGCUUGUCCCGCCGCAGCAUUUCUUAUUAGCACGACAGUCAAUGGCCCCAACACUUCUGCCAUUUUUAAAUGGCAUAUCAAUGGCCAGAGCAUGCGUUCUUCCUGGACGCAUCCCACUAUUUUAAACAUUAAAGGGAAUUAUUCGUACGAGGAAGCAAACCUAUUUGAAGUUCCAGAGAGUCAAGAGUGGGUUUAUCUACUAAUUAACAACACAAACCCGGAUCCGAAAGCAGCACAGGCUUCCAUCGAUCAUCCAGUGCACCUUCAUGGCCACGACUUCUAUAUUCUAUAUCAGGGAAAUACGACGUGGAGCUCAAGCAUGGUCAAGCUCAAAAAUCCUCCACGUCGUGAUACGGCUUUACUAUACGGCGCUGGAGGAUACUUGUUGCUUGCAUGGAAAGCCAAUAAUCCCGGAGUAUGGCUAAUGCACUGUCACACCGGCUUCCAUACUGCUAUGGGUUUUGAUUUGCAAUUCCUUGAAAAAAGGCAAAAGUUACUGGAGACAUUUGACUGGGAACUUGAAAAUGGAACGUGCAAUGAAUGGUACGGAAAUCCGGUCCCCUUUAACCCUCUUCAGUCUGCGGGUUAUGAAGCGGCGGGUGUUUGA